AUAUUAGAAGAUAAUAGUUACCGAAAUGGCCAACAAUGAGAUCGUGGGCGCCGUCGCCGGCGAUUCAAUGACUUUGAGUACAAUUAUGAAUAAUAUCAUCGAGUUAUGUAUGGACAAUGAGAAGGGUAUCACCGAAAAGACAUUGCAAAUAGCAAUGACUGGAGUCAAUCCAUUGGUCAGAGCCGAUGCCGUCAACCAAUUGUUGGGCCAAAACAAGAUUGAAAUCUGCAAACAAGGGAUACAACUUCUCUACAGAAUUAAAGACAAGACAAGUGCUAAUAAAGGUUCUGAUGAAGAGGAGAAGAUUGUGUUUGCCAUCAUUGAGAAAGCAUCCAAUAAAGGCAUUUGGAUCAGAGAUAUUAGGUUUCAAUCAAAUCUAUCGCAAACACUACUGAAUAAAGUGCUUAAGAAUAUGGAAACAAAGAAAUUGAUAAAAUCGGUUAAAUCAGUGACGGCCAGCAAGAAAAAAGUAUAUAUGCUUUACGACGUCGAACCGGACCGAUCAGUGACCGGAGGUUCGUGGUAUUCGGGAAAUGAUUACGAGUCAGAAUUUAUUGAAGUCUUAGCCCAACAAUGUCUUCGGUUUUUAUGGGAAAAGACUAAUAAAGAGAAACAAAAUGCCAAAAAUCCCAUCGCUCGCCAAAAUCAAUCAUUUGUCACCUCAAGAGAUGUCCUCAAAUUUAUUAACGACGUCGGCAUUAGUAAAGUAGAGCUCAGUGUCGAUGACAUUGAAAGCAUUCUCGACACACUCGUCUAUGACGGCAAAGUCGACAAACAUGUCAGCACCGAAAACACGAGUACCGGUUCUAACAAAUUAUACCGAUAUAUUACAUCACUGGCCAAAGAUCCGGGUUUUAUGCGUAUGCCAUGUAGUGUAUGUCCCGUUUAUAAAGACUGUCACAUCGAUGGCAUAAUAUCGCCGCUGAAAUGUGUUUAUCUUAAAGAAUGGUUUGAUAUGUGAUAAACUAACAAUAUUGUAAAUUACUGGUAAUUGUUAUGAAAUAUUGUUUUAAUUACC